AACUGGAAUUGGCGAUUGAUGAAGACGAUACUGACGAGAUGCCAUGUGUACGACAAGGAGAGAUACUAUGUUCCGUUCGAUGAGCUCGCGCCUCAGGAGUCCCAACCAAUCAAAUUCCUUAGGAAGUUCAUGCCAGAUUACGCAUGAUGCCAUCAUCACAGCUGUUGACUAGUUGAGAUUAUUCAGUAUUGUCGGCACAGGUGGACAGUCACAUUUUCAGUGAUUACGCAUGUCCCAAAAUUUUGACUGGAAUACUCCAUGUUACACUAUUAUUCGUGCAGUAGGAAAGCACGUAGCGUACCAAAAUAUUUAUACUUCAGGAAAUAGACAAAGACAUUGGUGAUGAAAACGGACAGAAUCGUGUGGAAAACAUCUCUUCUCUUGUCAUUUCUAUAUUUUUUUUCCGGAAACAGAAACACGUUCAAAAUUCCCGGAAUUGAAAACAGGGUUGGGAUAUGUGGUUGUUCGGAAACAAACUAAUUUACUAAUAAAAUACGACUUGCACAGGCCUGCUGGGCCGCCGCAACCUAAGAAUGGACACCGUCAAAUGAGCCCACCCCUUAAUAAACCCUAGCCCGCCUCCGCCGCCCUAUAAUCCGACGCCGGACGCCCCAUGAUUUCGCUUUCUUCUUCCCGUCGAGACCCAACCAUACCAGCGGCGCCGCAGGCUGACGAGGAGGCGGAGUAGAGUGGCCGGACUACCUCGACACCUCCACUGCAACCAUGGGUAUCUCACGUGAUUCGAUGCACAAGCGCCGUGCCACCGGUGGAAAGCAGAAGGCGUGGCGCAAGAAGCGAAAGUAUGAGCUUGGCCGUCAGCCUGCUAACACCAAACUGUCUAGCAAUAAGACAGUGAGGAGGGUCCGUGUCCGUGGAGGCAACGUGAAGUGGAGGGCUCUCCGAUUGGAUACAGGUAACUACUCGUGGGGAAGUGAGGCUCUUACCCGCAAGACCCGCAUCCUGGAUGUGGUCUAUAAUGCAUCAAACAAUGAGCUUGUGAGGACUCAGACUCUUGUGAAGAGCGCCAUUGUACAAGUUGAUGCUGCUCCAUUCAAGCAGUGGUACCUCACUCACUAUGGAGUGGACAUCGGUAGGAAGAAGAAGGUGCCUGUUGCUAAGAAGGAUGCGACUGAGGGACAAGAGGGUGAGGCUAUAGCUGAGGAAACAAAGAAGAGUAACCAUGUGCAGAGGAAGAUUGAGAAGCGACAGCAGGACCGUGCACUCGACACUCAUAUUGAAGAGCAAUUUGGCAGUGGGAGAUUGUUGGCCUGCAUUUCUGCCCGUCCUGGGCAGUGUGGCCGAGCUGAUGGCUACAUCCUCGAGGCUAACUACAGUGGCAUUUCCUUUUAUUGGCCAGCUACAUCCUUGAGGGUAAAGAGCUCGAGUUCUACAUGAAGAAGCUCCAGAGGAAGAAGGGCAAGGGUGUUGCAUCUUAGAGCAUUCUUUUAGCUAGAACUGCAAAAUAUCUUCUACUUGGGGGUUUUGUUGUUAGUCUUUAUGCAUAUCAUUUGCGGACCUGAUGAACACUUCAUAAGUGAAUCAACUCUCGAUUCCAAGAAUUGAUAAUUUUCACAUGCGGUGGUUGUAAUUGUGAUAUUUAGGUUUGCUAUUUAUUGAAACUUCUUGUCUAAAGCAGUUUUAGUUUACCUUGAAGAUGAUUGUUAGAAACGAGAUCCUAUCCAAUCUAUAUUGCUGUUUGGUUUUCA